UUGCGUUUUGCUUUGUGACUGUUCCUGUCACUUCGCUUCCCGCCAGGGCGUCUCCAACGUUUAGGAAAACGCGUUUGGCUCGUCCGCGUGCAAGCUUGCCAUCACUUGGGGUUGUGCCUGUGAUCUUUCUAAACUCCACCAGCCUUUGUCUCGACCCAGCAGCCGUGGCGGCGCUCUCCCGCGGUCUUUUCUCCUGGGGUCCCCUGGCCGCUGGCUCUUGUGCUUACUACCCUCGACUUGGUUCAGGGAUCAUCCCCUCCCUCAGGAAGCCUUGCGGAGUUAACCGCAGACCUCUUGGACACCCACGACACCUGUAUUUCCUCAGCCCGUGGGCAGUCGGCUUCCCCUGCUCUGCUGCCCCUUUACAAGUUGCCCAGUGGAAAUCCCCGCAGCUGGAGCGGGAGGGAGGCUGUCAAGCUGAAGUUUGUUCGGGAGAGAGUGACCAAGAUAUGAGGAAAGGAAAGACUGAAAGAAAAGAACCCCGUGGGGCGAUGUAAUAGCUUUCUUCAGCCGUCCCACAGGACGAGCUCGAGGGGAGCAGACAGCGUAGCGGAUUUUACUGUCAUAAAAGGAAGCAUCUUUCUAGAAACUAUACGAUAGCAGCUAAGAGCUUAGCUUCUGAGGCUAGGCGGUUCUGGAUUUUUACCCGGCUCCCCACCAUGGCUCUGUACUCGAAGGCCAGUGACUUGGCCUCUCUAAGACCUGGUGUCCUUACUUGUGACAUGGAAAUCAUAACAGAAAGCAUUUAAGAAAUUCCUGGAAUAAAUUAGAGUAAUAUAGGAUCUGCAGAAAAUACCUCAAGAUAGUUGGUAAGGAAAAGAAGAAUUUCUAGACUCUUCAUCAAGAUCUUCAUUUAUACAGCUGUUAAAUCCAAGGCUACUUUGGUGAAAGCAUGAAUAAAAAUACAUCUACUGUCAUAUCACCCAGUCUACUUGAAAAGGAUCCUGCCUUUCAGAUGAUUACAAUUAACAAGGAAACAGGCCUUGGCCUGAAGAUAGUAGGAGGAAUUAACCGGAAUGAAGGCCCGUUGGUAUAUAUUCAGGAAAUUAUUCCUGGAGGAGACUGCUACAAGGAUGGUCGUUUGAAGCCAGGAGAUCAACUUGUCUCAGUCAACAAGGAAUCUAUGAUUGGUGUAUCAUUCGAAGAAGCAAAAAGCAUAAUUACCAGAGCCAAGUUGAGGUCAGAAUCUGCUUGGGAGAUAGCAUUCAUAAGACAAAAAUCCGACAACAGUCAACCAGAAAAUCUGUCAUGUACAUCACUUGUAGAAGCUUCAGGAGAAUAUAGACCUCAAGCCUCAGCAUUUAGUCUUUUUUCGUCUCCUCCUGAAUUACUAACCCCAAAGACCUCAUCCACUCCCAAAACUAACAAUGCCAUUUUACCUUCUUGUAAGAUAGAAACUGGAUACAACAAAACAGAACAGAUUCCAAUUACUUCUUCAGAAAACAGUACUGUGGGUUUGUCUAAUACAGAUGUUGCUUCUGCCUGGACUGAAAAUUAUGGACUACAAGAAAAGCUCUCCCUAAAUCCCUCUGUUCGCCUUAAGGCAGAGAAACUGGAAAUGGCUCUAAAUUAUCUUGGUAUUCAGCCCACAAAGGAACAACACCAAGCCCUGAGACAGCAAGUACAAGCAGACUCAAAAGGGACAGUGUCUUUUGGAGAUUUUGUCCAGGUUGCCAGAAACUUGUUUUGCUUGCAGUUGGAUGAAGUAAAUGUCGGUGCACAUGAAAUUUCCAAUAUAUUAGAUUCACAGCUUCUUCCUUGUGAUUCUUUAGAAGCAGAUGAAAUGGAAAGGCUCAAGCGUGAAAGGGAUGAUGCCUUGAAAGAAGUGAAUACACUUAAGGAAAAAUUAUUGCAAUCAGAUAAGCAAAGGAAACAAUUGACAGAGGAGCUGUAUAAUGUGAAACAAGAAGCCAAAGCUGUAGUUGAAGAAACAAGAGCCCUGCGAAGUCGGAUUCAUCUUGCUGAAGCUGCACAGAGACAGGCACAUGGAAUGGAAAUGGACUAUGAAGAAGUGAUCUGUCUGUUAGAGGCCGAGAUUACAGAGCUAAAGGCUCAGCUUGCUGAUUAUUCUGACCAAAAUAAAGAAAGUGUUCAGGAUUUAAAAAAGAGAAUUAUGGUACUUGACUGCCAAUUACGAAAAUCAGAAAUGGCUCGAAAAACUUUUGAGGCAUCCACUAAAAAGCUUCUUCAUUUUGUAGAGGCUAUUCAAGAAGUAUUUUCUGAUUAUUGUACUUCUCUAUCAAAUUUAAGUGAAAGAAGAGCUGUGUUAGCUUCUCAGACUUCUCUCACACUGAUGGGAAGGAAUGGACAUAACAUCCCAGCAACGCUGGUGCUUGAAUCUAAGGAACUUGUUAAAUCUGUUCGUGCCUUACUUGAUAUGGAUUGUUUACCUUAUGGGUGGGAGGAAGCUUACACAGCAGAUGGAAUCAAGUACUUCAUCAAUCAUGUAACACAGACUACAUCCUGGAUCCAUCCUGUGAUGAGUGUCCUGAAUCUGUCUCGCUCAGAGGAGAAUGAAGAGGAUUGCUCUAGAGAACUCCCCAACCAGAAAAGUUGAUGGUUUUCCUUAGGAAGUGGAGUUCCAUGGUCAUCUGGCAUCUCAGUCUACAUGGACGACGUGAGCAGAGACACAUAACAUCCAAUUCUGAGAUGCAACAGCCUAAAAUAGGAGUGAAGCAUACACUACUUGUUGAAGGGUAAAAUAGAGUCUCUGGACUUUGGAUAUUUUUGUAAAACUUUUGAUAUUUCUGUAUACAUUUUAAAAAAACAAUCGCCACUACAGUAGUUCUUUGAGAAUAAUCUAGUCAUAUUUUUUGAAAUCACAUAAUUAGACUUUAUAAUAUAUAUACUUUUUCUUAUAUAAUUAGAUCUUUCUUUGUAAUUUCAUAUGUAGUUCUUCAUAAGGUCUUGACAUACUGAAAAAGUAUAUGAACAUAAUGAAACACCUCAUUAAUUUGAUAAUUCAUUAACCUUUUAUAUUCAUCUAUUAGGAAAGUGAUCUUAGCAGGCUUUUUGGAAUUUGAGGAUCACAUUUAGACAUCUGAUGGGCUAAUGAAUACAGCUUAUAUCUUUAUUGAGCUUUCUAAUUUA